UCGUGGGUUCUCGAGGGGGGUUUUCAGCUAAAAUGGCGACAGACGUGCUCGUUGUACGCGCUUAACGGGAUAACAAAACGCUUCCAGUGCGACGAAUUGUCGAAAUAUGCCCCGGCCUAAGCGCACAUGUCUCAAGACGGAAAUCCUCUCGAAGGAUUUGUAAAAGAAAACGCGUGGGUUUUUUUGUGACGAUUAAUAGUGUCAGACGGUAAAAAAAACAUCGCCCUGUGCUUUUCAUUCUCCCAACAUUUCGAAGAUCAAUGUCAAGUUUUUGACACUUUCGUUCGGCGGAAAAUGUUUUAAAACUACCUUCGUCCUCAAUUGCCGGCGACAAAAAAGUACAAAGAUAUGAGCGACGAAAGCAGCGGUAGCGACUUCGACGACGAUGAAGAUCCCGACAAGACUGAGGUCCCCGGUGGAGGUAAGGAUCUUGCAACUGCAGCAGGAAUUGCCAGUAUUAAAGAUGAGAAACCACCCACGGUUGCGCCAGCAGCACCGUUGGUCAAAGGACAAGGAGGUGUUAGCGUACUGAACCAGAAAUUUGCUGGUAAAAUACCGGGUGGUCUAGUGACAAAGACACCAACGCCUGGUUACGAAAUGGUAAGAGUGGGUGGUUCUCAAGGAGUAGCUCCAGGUUUUGCGACACAAAAUCAAAUGAAUCAACUUGGUCAAUUUGGUGGUGCCAUGCCUUACGGCUUCCCGCAGAGUUUAGCUUCACUGACAGGUUUCAAUCCUGCUGCUUUUCUUCAACAAACUAUGGAAAUGGGAAACAUAAUGGGAGGAUUCAUGGGUAUGGCUGGUAUGAACAUGGGCAUCAAUCCGUUUGUACAGUUACUAAACCAAAGUGGUCUUCCCCCAAACUGGGCUGCUGGACUUUCCGGAAAAAAUUUGUCACAACUCUGGAUGAAUGCUGGCGAUCCUGGCAAAAUGAAUAUGCAGCCAACAUUGCCCGAAGAAGAGGAUGGCGAGGACGAAGAAAUGGGAGUUGCUGAAACUUAUGCCGAUUAUAUGCCUACUAAACUUAAACUUGGACGCAAGCAUCCCGAUCCUGUAGUUGAAACUGCCUCGUUGUCGAGCGUCGAACCCACCGACGUCUGGUACAAACUCUCAAUUCCCGACGAAACGAUACGUUCCGGAGCCCUUUCAGCUCUGCAGCUCGAAUCCAUAACUUACGCCUCGCAGCAACACGAACAUUUAUUGCCUGAUGGCACCAGAGCUGGUUUUCUGAUCGGUGACGGUGCCGGUGUCGGCAAAGGCCGUACAAUAGCCGGUAUUAUUUAUGAAAAUUAUCUCAAGGGCCGUAAACGUGCAAUCUGGGUUUCCGUUUCUAACGAUCUUAAAUACGACGCCGAAAGAGAUUUGAAGGAUAUUGGAGCUACAAAAGUUGACGUUCAUCCAUUGAAUAAAUUCAAAUACGCAAAAAUAUCGUCAGCGGUCAAUGGUAAUGUGAAAAAAGGCGUUAUAUUCAGUACGUAUUCAGCGUUAAUAGGAGAAUCAUCGCAAAGCGGUGGAAAGUACAAAAGUCGAUUGAAGCAACUUAUGCAAUGGUGUGGAGACGACUUCGAUGGCCUAAUCGUCUUUGACGAGUGUCAUCGAGCCAAAAAUCUCUGUCCAACGGGCAGCUCGAAGCCAACAAAGACAGGUCUGACAGUACUGGAACUUCAGAACAAAUUGCCGAAAGCUCGUGUUGUUUAUGCGAGUGCAACCGGAGCUUCAGAACCAAGAAACAUGGCUUAUAUGGUACGCCUUGGAAUGUGGGGAGAAGGAACGCCAUUUCCCGAGUUUACAGAUUUCAUCGCAGCCGUUGAGAAACGAGGGGUCGGGGCUAUGGAAAUUGUCGCUAUGGAUAUGAAACUCCGCGGAAUGUACAUUGCUCGUCAGUUAAGCUUUCACGGUGUCGCCUUCAAAAUUGAGGAAGUUCCUUUAUCCAAAGAAUUUGCCAAGGUUUACGAUCAUUCGGUUCGAUUGUGGGUCGAUGCAAUGCAAAGGUUUCAAGAAGCCGCCGAACUCAUAGACGCCGAAAAUCGAAUGAAAAAAACCAUGUGGGGUCAAUUUUGGUCAUCUCAUCAGCGUUUUUUCAAGUAUCUUUGUAUCGCCGCUAAGGUCAAGCAUGCUGUCACAGUAGCUCGUGAAGCUGUCAAGUGUGGUAAAUGCGUGGUUAUAGGUUUACAAUCGACCGGUGAAGCCAGAACGCUCGAACAACUCGAACGUGACGAUGGUGAACUCAGUGAUUUCGUAUCAACCGCCAAAGGCGUGCUGCAAACCUUAGUAGAAAAACAUUUCCCGGCUCCAGACAGAAAUCGGAUCCAUCGACUUCUCGGGCUAGAGCCACCUAAACCAGCGGACGCGUGUCUCGAUGAUUGCACGAUUGUCGCGAGUGGUAGCAAAAGGAAACCCGUCAGGCAAGCGGCUCAACGUGCUUCGAAAAAAGUUCGCACCUGGUCCUCGGAGGAAGAAAUUUCUGAAGAGGACAAAAAUGGUGGUCAUCACAGUUCAGGUUCAGAGUUCAAAUUGAGCGGCAGUGACACCGAAGAGGAUCGUCGAACCGACGAGGAAAGCAACGCUAGUUCUGAUUUUAACCCUUUCUACAGUGACAGCGAUUCUGAUGCUGAUCCCUGGGACAGACGGAAAAAGAAAGGUGGUAAGAAGCAAAAGAAACCAGCGAAAAAGAGGCUAAGCACGCAGGACAAAAUUCAGUCUAUGCUCGCGCACAAAACUUCGGCGAGUCGUAAUUCAAAACGAAACGGAGAUGCAAAUAUGGGUCAACUUGGUAAUCAGGGUAUAAAUAUGGGUGGACGUAAUCAGCCGAGUGUGGCACCACCACCGAGAGACGCGAUCGAACGUGCUUGUUGUAUGAAGGAAGAAUUAUUGGCACAGAUCGAAGCACUUGGUGAAAGAUUACCACCAAAUACUCUUGAUCAACUUAUUGACGAACUCGGUGGACCCGAGAACGUUGCUGAAAUGACGGGCAGAAAAGGUCGUGUCGUUCAAAAUGAAGACGGAGGCAUUCAGUACGAAUCGCGAUCUGAGGUCGAUGUUCCAUUAGAGACGUUGAAUCUUACUGAGAAGCAGCGAUUCAUGGAUGGUGAAAAAACAGUCGCCAUAAUUUCCGAGGCUGCGAGCAGCGGCAUAUCGUUGCAGAGUGACAGACGAGCAAGAAAUCAGAUGCGUCGUGUGCACAUAACAUUGGAAUUACCAUGGAGCGCGGAUCGGGCGAUACAGCAAUUCGGUCGCACGCAUCGUUCGAAUCAAGUAAACGCUCCGGAAUACAUAUUUUUAAUAUCAGAUUUGGCCGGUGAGAGACGUUUCGCGUCGAUCGUUGCAAAACGUUUGGAGAGUUUAGGAGCGUUGACCCAUGGAGAUCGACGAGCGACAGAAACGCGAGAUCUUUCGCAAUUUAACAUCGAUAACAAAUACGGUCGUUCCGCGUUAGAGGCAACAAUGAAAACAAUCAUGGGUUACGAGGCUCCGCUUGUACCACCUCCGCAAGAUUACAACGGUGACUUUUUCAAAGACGUAGCUGAUGCCCUUGUCGGAGUUGGCUUAAUUUGCAACAGUGAAAAUAUGCCCGGCGUUCUAACGCUCGACAAAGACUACAACAACAUGUCGAAAUUCCUGAAUCGUAUUCUCGGCAUGCCCGUCGAUCUUCAAAAUCGUCUAUUCAAAUAUUUCACCGACACUCUCAACGCUAUCAUCACACAAGCUAAAAAAACUGGACGCUUCGAUAUGGGUAUUCUCGAUCUUGGCACUUCUGGUGAAAAUGUACGUCGCGUUAAAAUUUAUCGCUUCACGAGGAAACAUGCCACUGGCACCGCUCCCACCGAACUUCACGUUGUUCACGUUGAACGAGGCAUGAGCUGGACCGAAGCCAUGGAACGUUUUGCUGAAAUCACCGGUGCCAAAGAAGGCUUCUAUCUCAGCCAUCAAGUUCGUAAUGGCAAACAAACCGCUAUUCUUGCCGUGGCCGUUGAAGGCGGCAAGAAAAAAAGUGAAGGCAAAAAGGAUCAAUUAUACAUGGUUUAUAGGCCGAAUACUGGCUUACAAAUGCGUCAAGAGGCGCUUGGAGAACUGGAGAAAAAGUACAAGAAAGUCUCUUCGGAAGAGGCAGAGUCCCAUUGGACUCAACAAUACGACGCUUCAGUUGACACUUGUUCCCACGCUUAUUGGCGUGGUAAUUGUAAAAAUGUGACCCUCGGCAUGGACUGCGAGGUCGGAUUACGUCGACGUUCCUACAACGUUCUCGCUGGUUCGGUUCUCAGUGUGUGGAGUCGGGUUGAGAGUGUACUCACCGCAAGAUCCGGCCAUAAUUCCAAGAUGCAAGUCAUACGCUUGCGAACAGACGAUGGUUUGAAGAUCGUUGGAACACUGAUUCCCAAGUCUUGUAUGGAAACGUUGCGCGAAGCUCUUUCUACCGAUGCGGAGAAAACCGAAGAGCAGACAUUUUGAACGUCCUGAUUAUCUCUAAGAUAAAAAGGAACUCAGCUACUGCUAUAAAGAGCGGUAAUGUUCAACAUGAGCUGCGUCGUUGUCAAGCUUUCGCAGUAACAAUGGAACUCGGCUUUAUUGCAAAAACGAAACGAAACAAACAGAUCAACUGGAAAAAAAGAAAAAACGUCCUCGAGUUUGACUAGCGACGAAUUGCAAAUCUUUUCGUCACUUCCAAGACACAUAUGCGAAGGAACGCAUAUUUUCGACACAAAAACAAUGAAAAAAGUAAUUAAUAAUUAUGAAAAAUUAUAAGAAUAAAAAAAAAGUGAACAAAACGUUGAAUGCGUGCAGAAUGAAACGAUGAAUAAGGGCUUUUGGAAAGGUCGCCCGAUGCUUUCCCUCGUGAUAGAAAUUCUAUAGUUAGAAGCUUUGCUUUCUCUCUCUCUCUCUCUCUCUCUCUCUCUCUCUCUCUUUCUCUCUUUCUAUUCGGUUCCAUUUAAGUUAUGAAUAAUACUCACAUCAAAGCUCGUGCGAACAAUCCAAAUUUCCUGGCCUUGUCCAAAAUCUAUGCUUGAAGGAAUGCCUACCACUUUUGGUUUUUCUUUUUUACGAUUUUCUUGUUUCUGCUUUCUCGAAUACUUCUCCACUCAUUUUUUUUCACCUUUCCACUUUUUAAUAUAAUUCUAUAUUCGUCAAUUUACAACUCUUUUUUAUAACAAGAAAAUGAAGAAUUGAAAUAAUUCGAUCGUUUUUCGACUCAACGAAGAACGAUUAAUCUUUUGUUCCUCGGUUAUCCGAAUCAAACAAUGUGAACGUAUGUAUGCGUGUGUAAAAAAAAAAGCAACACCCUACUUCGUGCAAUCGAUCCGGGCCAGUGUUUCCCAAAGCCCGAUAAAUAUGUGCGGUGAAAGACUAAAAAACAGAAAAUAAAAAAAUAAUAAAAACAAGAUUAAAACGACGUGAGUAAUGGUCCCUUUUCGUUCGUUUUUAAAAGUGAACUUGCAGGUUCAGUAUUUCGUUUUUGUGCGUUUUCGUGUUCGACGACGAAAAUCUGCUCCUCCUCUAGCCAAUUUAUUUUAUUCAAUUUUCAUUUUCCUAUGAUAUAUUUACCGAGAAUGAUGGUGUCUGCUCGGUCAGCAAACACCACUAGGGUGGUUGAAAAAUUCGUUUUUAUAAUACGUGUCAAAAUCAUAUAGUCGUAAAAUGUCAAAGUAUGCAUUUCGACGUAUUUCUAACGAAAAAAAAUGAUUUCAUUGAUUACUGAUAUGAAAUUUUCAAGAAUAAUCGACUUUCUCGUUUUUCUUCGCCAGAUUACAGCGAUAAAAAAAACUUGUCGGGUGUGAAGCAUUCCAUAAAAUUGUUCACGUCAAAUACUUUUCUUGAAACAUCUAAUUUUUAUUUUCGAUUGUGUAAGCUUCUACGAAUCGUUAAAAAUCAGUGAAUCAAAAACUUGUGACGAUUUUCCUACAAUUUUCCUACGAUUUUCCGAGUCAGAAUUUUUUUCGACAUAUGGCAACUAUUUUUUUUCUCUAACUAGACAUUUAAUAAAUGAAUAUUGAAACAAAAACACAAUGAAACAUCGGAAAAUUGCGAAGAUAUUCUUUUAUCACAGAAUUUAGAUCGUUUACAUUAUUUCUAAAAGAAUGAAAAUACCGGAAACAGCAAUAUCAUUUUUUUCGUUCAUACAUUUUUCAACCACCUCAGCAGACUACAUAUAUAUGUAUAUGUAUAUGUAUAUGUGUGUGUGGCUUUUAACGAACUAAUCGAAUAACUGGGAUCUUUCCUCGUUCAAUCUCAACGGAGUAAAGAAAAAAUAUAUAAAAUGAUUUCUUUAAUAACCGCUACUGCAAAACGAAUAACGCUAUUAUUACUACCCUAAUUAUAUCAACAGGAAUGAUGAACAUAGAGAAUGAUGAACAAUGAAAAACCAAGAAGCGGAUACUAUGAAAUACCAUACAAAUACUACUACUAUUACUUAUGACUACUAGAAUUAGUUAGAUUCGAUAAUAAACACGAUAUAUUUAUAUUUAAAAAGAAGAAAUGAACGAAAAAGCGACGGUUGAAAACAAGGACUUAGAAAUGAGUAAAAAAAACGCUCAUUAAGCGUUGAUUAAAGAGUAGUGACUGUUAUAUGUUCGGAUGAUUGAAUUAUUCGUUUUCUUUUCAUUAUUAUUACUCAUGCGAGAGAGAAAAAGAAUGAGUGAGUGCGUGAGUGAAUGAAAAAAAAAAAUCUAGAAGAUCGCACUACCACGAUGUUUUAUGAAGAAAAAAAAACAAACAAAACCCUGUCUAUGUAUACGAAUGGUCGUAGAUUGUAAUAAUUAUUAGACAUAAAAGCACUUUCCCUGUGAAUUAAAAUUUUUAAAAAUAAACAAAUGUUGCUCGCUUACGAUGGAAUCGCGUAAGCGGGCGUCAUUCCGAUCUCGUUUUUAAUUCCACUUUUUUUUUUAACGAGACGAAAAGUGUUUCGAGGCAAAAUAAGACCGUGGCGUAAUUAAAUAUUCAAUUACCGGAAAAAAAAAUUCAUUACACAGAUCGUUUGGAAAAGAUCUUGUAACAUUUUUUCCAACCUCGACCUUUCUUCUUCCAUCCGUGAAAAAUAUUACCCGGUUUUCCGUUACAUUGGAUCCCAAACUAUCGAUUGAUGAGAUUGAACAAAAAUCGAGGAAAAUUUCGCAACGAAUCCCUUCGUUAUGAAACAAAAUCAAUACAUAUAUGUAUAUAUAUAUAUGUAUGAGUGUAUAUAUAUACACAUGUAUAAAUGUAUCUGUUACAUGUGAAACCAAUAUAACUCAUCCGAGACCUUG